UGCCCUGUGUAGGAAGCGGAAACGGCAGCCGUCACCAACGAUAGCUGCACACUCAGGAAACGCACACAUCCUGUGGAACAGUGGCAAGGGGUGCGUGAGCUUCACACGAAGUGAGACGACGGCUGUCGCCACCGCCCGGCAUGCGAGCUGUGUGCUUCGGCGUGGAGUAGAGAGAGGGAGUUUGUUUCGGGAGACUUAGCCCACACUAACACGCGCGCACACUCAACCCGUUUCGGUCAUCUGGGCCAAAAUUCCAACAGACCAACUGCUAACAAAGUUGUUGCGCAAUUUUUUUUGUUUCUCCCCUUCUCCCCACCCCCCCCCCCCCCCCCCCUCUUGCCGGGGAGUAUUUUGACCACCAAACGGAUGGCGGGAGCCGUGGGGAGCUGGCACGUGGUGGAACAGAGAGAGAGAGAGCCGGCAGAUUUUGAUCACUAAAUAGACAGCGGCACCUGCGUCUAACAUAUACUUUACCCAGGACGGUCGCGCGUUUUUUGAUCGCAGUCCACGGCGCUGCCAGUAAGUUCCUCUGUUGGGACGAAGUGUAGAGUCGGGCAGCGCGUGUGAUGCUGGACGGUUCACGGCCGGGGCAGACGCUCUCUCAAACUCGCGCUCCCACCCCCCCCUACGACUACGACGACUACCCACCCCCUGCCGCUUGAGCGAUGAGCAAGGAACUCGCCCGGGCAUGGAGCGCCGACUGCGAGCCGCUCGGGACUUUGCCCGAGGUCAGCGUCUUUCAGGUGGCCCCGGAGGAUGAGGAGAAGGACGAGGGCGACGAGGACGUCAAGAGGCUCCACAACUUGGCGUACACAGUGGCCACGCUGCCGCGCAAUCAUAAACCCAAGAGUGUGAUCACCCGUUGGAAAAACACAUACCAUGGAUUAGCAGAAUCUACAAGGCGUACAAUCGCCAUCGAGAAGGAGGAUGAUGAAUCAUACGGAUUCGAGCUGCAGACUUACGGGCUGCGCAACAGAGUGGUCAGUGAGCUGGAGAUGUGCACCUAUGUCUUCAAGGUGAAGGAAGAGGGCCCUGCUGAGCGCGCAGGGAUGAAAGCAGGUGACAUCCUCAUCACCAUCAAUGACUCAAACGUGGAAGGAAUCCCUCAUAAGGAAAUUGUCGACAUCAUCCGAGAAGCUGGGAAUUGUUUAAGGAUUGAGGUUGAGUUUGGAACAAUGGCCAGAAGAAUGGAGCUGCAAACGCGUCUUCAGUACCUCAAGCAAACAAUGCAUGAAAAGUGUAAGGAGUUACGGUCACUUCUCCACCAGGAGCAACGACUGGUGCACGGCCUCGUGGCGGAGGACGACAGCAUGUUCGAGACGCUGAGCACAUUGUACAGCCUCAACCCGCCGCUCUGCAGAAGCAAGCGCACUGGCGCUCUGCUCUCCAGCAUGAGCAGCCUGCCCAGCAACUGGGCCGUGAUCGCCGAGGACUCGGACGAGGCCGUCUACACCACGUGCUUGUACGGCGGCCCCCAGGACGGCGGCGCCGGCAAGGAUGGUGCCGGGGCAGCCGCGGCAAUAGCAGGGUUGAGCUUCCUGGACCAGGGCAGUCACAAUCUGCGCAUGUGCCGCAGCGAAAUGGACCUCCAGCAGGUGCAGAGCCAAAGCCUGGCCGGCAGCAUGAGCACACUCCCACGCAAGGGCAAGAAGUCUUCCCUCCGUAGGAGCCUCCGUCGCUUCAUCCCAGGACUCAAUAAGACUCUGGAGGAGGAACAAACUCCCUUUUGAAGGUCACUGGCUGUGGCAUAGCUGUGAAGUGUGUAAGCUGGUGCAACUGGACUCGGGCCCAUGGGCCGGAAGAGGAGGGGAAAUUGGACAGGGAGCCCUAUUUUACGUCUUGCACCAGGGCCCAUGCCAACCAGGCUAUGUCUCUGGUCAAUGGGCAGUCUUUAAAUAUAAAGGAUAUUACUGUUUCAGGAAAACUUUCCUUAAAUGAAAAAUGCCUUUGCCUUAAAAUGUUUGGCACAAUUUUUGACACCAUGGGUGUUUUUUUUACGAAAUAGAAAACUAUUUUCUUAUGCCUAUAUUAUUAACGUUGAUUAAAGUACUUACAUUUUUAAAAAGUACAUUUUGCGUGCCAAGAAAUGUUUAAUAUUCCUAAGACUUUUACGUGCGCUUUUAUCGUUACAUUGAGAAGGUGCUGUUCCCUGGUGACUUAUGUGCAUACAGUGCCAUUAAAAUGUGAGCGACAA